CAGAUCGGCCUGAGCCGCGAGCCGGUGCUCCUGCUGCAGGACUCGGCCGGCGACUACAGCCUGGCGCACGUCCGCGAGAUGGCUUGCUCCAUCGUGGACCAGAAGUUCCCUGAAUGUGGUUUCUAUGGAAUGUAUGAUAAGAUCCUGCUUUUUCGCCAUGACCCUACCUCUGAGAACAUCCUUCAGCUGGUGAAAACAGCCAGUGACAUCCAGGAAGGCGACCUUAUUGAAGUGGUCUUGUCAGCUUCUGCUACAUUUGAGGACUUCCAGAUUCGUCCCCACGCUCUCUUUGUUCAUUCAUACCGAGCUCCCGCUUUCUGUGAUCACUGCGGAGAAAUGCUGUGGGGCUUAGUGCGUCAAGGCCUUAAAUGUGAAGGAUGCGGUCUGAAUUACCAUAAGAGAUGUGCGUUUAAAAUCCCGAACAACUGCAGUGGUGUGAGACGGAGAAGGCUCUCAAACGUUUCCCUCACCGGGCUCAGCACUGUCCGCACAUCUUCCACUGAGCUCUCUACCAGUGCUCCUGAUGAGCCUCUGCUGUCUCCUGUGAGUCCUGGCUUUGAGCAAAAGUCACCAUCAGAGUCAUUUAUUGGUCGAGAAAAGAGGUCAAAUUCUCAGUCCUACAUUGGAAGACCAAUUCAGCUCGACAAGAUUCUGAUGUCUAAGGUUAAAGUGCCUCACACGUUCGCCAUCCAUUCCUACACCCGGCCCACGGUAUGCCAGUACUGCAAGAAGCUCCUCAAGGGUCUUUUCAGGCAGGGCCUGCAGUGCAAAGAUUGCAGAUUCAACUGUCAUAAACGUUGUGCACCAAAAGUACCCAACAACUGCCUGGGCGAAGUGACCAUCAAUGGAGAUCUGCUGAGCCCUGGGGCAGAAUCUGAUGUGGUCAUGGAGGAAGGGAGCGACGAUAAUGACAGUGAGAGAAACAGUGGACUCAUGGAUGACAUGGACGAGGCCAUGGUCCAAGAUGCCGAGAUGGCCAUGGCAGAGGGCCAGAAUGACGGUGGGGAAAUGCAAGAUGUAGACCCCGACCAAGAAGACUCCAACAGAACUAUCAGUCCAUCGACAAGCAAUAAUAUCCCCCUCAUGAGGGUGGUGCAGUCCAUCAAACACACAAAGAGGAAAAGCAGCUCGGUGAUGAAGGAAGGAUGGAUGGUCCACUACACCAGCAAGGACACACUGAGGAAACGGCACUAUUGGAGAUUGGAUAGCAAAUGCAUUACACUCUUCCAAAAUGACACAGGAAGCAGGUACUACAAGGAAAUUCCUUUGUCAGAAAUUUUAUCUCUGGAAGCAGCAAAAACUUCAGCAUCAAUUCCUAAUGGAGUUAAUCCUCACUGUUUUGAAAUCACUACGACAAAUGUAGUGUAUUAUGUGGGUGAAGAUGUGGUCAACCCUUCGAGCCCCCCACCAAAUAACAGUGUCCUCACCAGCGGCGUUGGUGCAGAUGUGGCCAGGAGGUGGGAGAUGGCCAUCCAGCAUGCCCUCAUGCCCGUCAUCCCCAAGGGCUCCUCUGUGAGUUCAGGAAGCAGCUCACACAAUAUUUCUUUGAGCAUUUCUGUAUCAAAUUGCCAGAUUCAAGAAAAUGUGGACAUCAGCACAGUGUAUCAGAUUUUUCCUGAUGAAGUACUAGGUUCUGGACAGUUUGGAAUUGUUUACGGAGGAAAACAUCGUAAGACAGGAAGAGAUGUGGCUAUUAAGAUCAUUGAUAAGUUAAGAUUUCCAACAAAACAAGAAAGCCAGCUUCGUAAUGAGGUUGCCAUUCUACAGAACCUUCAUCACCCUGGUGUUGUAAAUUUGGAGUGUAUGUUUGAGACGCCUGAAAGAGUGUUUGUUGUUAUGGAGAAACUCCAUGGAGACAUGCUGGAGAUGAUCUUGUCAAGUGAAAAGGGCAGGUUGCCAGAGCACAUAACGAAGUUUUUAAUUACUCAGAUACUUGUGGCUUUGCGGCAUCUUCAUUUUAAAAAUAUCGUUCACUGUGACCUCAAGCCGGAAAACGUAUUGUUAGCAUCAGCUGACCCUUUCCCUCAGGUGAAACUUUGUGAUUUUGGCUUUGCCCGGAUCAUUGGAGAGAAGUCUUUCCGGCGGUCCGUGGUGGGUACCCCAGCCUACCUGGCACCUGAGGUCCUAAGGAACAAGGGCUAUAAUCGCUCUCUGGACAUGUGGUCAGUGGGGGUGAUCAUCUAUGUAAGCCUAAGCGGCACAUUUCCAUUCAAUGAAGAUGAAGACAUACAUGACCAAAUCCAGAACGCAGCUUUCAUGUAUCCACCGAAUCCCUGGAAGGAAAUCUCUCACGAAGCCAUUGACCUUAUUAACAAUUUGCUUCAAGUAAAAAUGAGAAAGCGUUACAGUGUGGAUAAGACCCUCAGUCACCCUUGGCUACAGGACUAUCAGACCUGGUUAGAUUUACGAGAGCUGGAAUGCAAAAUUGGGGAACGCUACAUCACCCAUGAAAGCGAUGACUCGAGGUGGGAACAGUACGCAGGCGAGCAGGGCCUACAGUACCCCGCACACCUGAUCAAUCCAAGUGCUAGCCACAGUGACAGUCCUGAGACAGAAGAGAGGGAGAUGAAAGCCCUCAGCGAGCGUGUCAGCAUCCUCUGAGUUCUAUCCCCUAUAAUCUGUCAAAACACUGUGGAAUUAAUAAAUACAUACGGUCAGGUUUAACAUUUGCCUUGCAGAACUGCCAUUAUUUUCUGUCAGAUGAGAACAAAGCUGUUAAACUGUUAGCACUGUUGAUAUAUCUGAGUUGCCAAGACAGAUCAACAGAAGCAUUUGUAUUUUGUGUGACCAACUGUGUUGUAUUAACAAAAGUUCCCUGAAACACUAAACUUGUUAUUGUGAAUGAUUCAUGUUAUAUUUAAUGCAUUAAACCUGUCUCCACUGUGCCUUUGCAAAUCAGUGUUUUUCUUACUGGAGCCUCAUUUUGGUAAGAGACAGAACCCAUCCAUGAAAUAGUUCUGUUCUGUAUGUCCCAAAGGUAUUAUCAUAGUAAUUCAAACUCUUGAAGAGUAGAUUACCAGUGUUCUAUGAACAACUCAAAGCUCACAUGGAAAAAAAUGAAAGAUGAGGGAGAAAGCAUAUAAAAUUUUAAGGCAGCAAUGCAUGAAAGAGGUUUAACUGUAUGUUUUCAAAUCCUUCACCUGCCUAGUGUGCCUCAGUAUAUUUAAAGUCAAGUAAGUGCACCUAGGCACACAGAGCCUACUGCUCUUGCUCCUAAAUGCCUUAGAAAUAUAAACUGCUAUAAAUGACAGAUAUGUCUCUCCCUUUCUUACCACACCUUGCUUUACUAUGGAGGACCAACAGUUAAGCAACCUUUUGCUUUUUGUGUAUUUUUCAAUAACAAAUAAAUAUUCUUGUCAAAAUA